AUGCUUGAUGAAAACAACGAGUUGGUCAGAACAUUUAGGCGCAUUCGACAAGAUCUCCAGCUUUCUUCCACACCAAAUCUCCGACUCAGAAUCUUUGCGAUCAAAAAUACGGAGGAUAGAGAUAUCAUUGUUGACCAUCGAGGAGAAGGGCUGAAACGUAUAACAAGCCUCAACCCAAAAUUCGAGGCUCUUCACUUCCCAUUGCUAUUCCCGUACGGAGAAGAUGGGUUUCAUCCUCAAAUAUCUUAUAAUGCCUCCUUUUGUCCAGCAUCAAUGCGCAGAAAAUUUGUUACUCAAAAAGAGUAUUAUGCUUUUAGACUUCAGUAUCGAUUGAAUGAGGGGCAUACACUGGUUCAAAGUGGCAAGGCAUUACAACAUUACUGUGUUGAUGCAUUUUCAACAAUUGAACUCAAUCGACUGGCAUUUCUUAGAACUCAUCAAAAAGAUUUAAGAGCAGAAGUUUAUCAGGGAUUACAGGAUGCAUUUGCAAAGGGAGACAUGGAUGGAGAAAAACUUGGAAGAAUUAUAAUGCCAUCAUCUUAUACAGGAGGACCAAGAUAUAUGCAGCAACUUUAUCAUGAUGCUAUGGCAACCUGUCAACAUUAUGGUAACCCAGAUUUAUUUGUUACAUUUACCUGCAAUGCUCUUUGGGAAGAAAUUGUUGACGCUUUUGCAGAUAUGGUUGGACCAAACAGCGAGUUGAAGCCUAUGGUGGUCUGCCGUGUGUUUCACAUGAAGCUUGCCAUAUUAAUUGACCAGUUUAAAAGAGAAUCAUAUUUCGGAAAAACGAUAGCCAAGAUACCAGACCCCAAUCUAGAUCCAGAAGGUUCAUUUUUCCUAUAUGGCCAUGGAGGAACAGGCAAGGAUUUUCUCUACAAUGCAAUCAUUGCAAAAUUAAAAAGUCUUUCCAGAAUUGCUAUAGUUGUUGCCUCAUCUGGAAUAGCAGCCACACUACUACCAAACGGCACAACUACUCAUUCAAGGUUCAAGAUUCCCCUUCAUAUAGACCAUGCAUCUACAUGUUCCAUAAAGAAAGGUACUCAUUUAGCUGAGCUAAUACGUGCAGCUUCAUUGAUUAUCUGGGACGAAGCACCGAUGACACAUCGAAAUGCAUUUGAGGCUAUAAGCAGGACGUUUUGUGAUUUGAUGGACAUACCACUAUCAGGUCCAAAACACAAGUUGUUUGGAGGAAAAACAGUAGUCUUUGGUGGUGAUUUUAGACUGACUCUACCAGUAAUUUCAGAUUCGGGAAGGGAACAAACAGUUGAUGGAUCCAUCACGAGGUCAUCGUUGUGGCCCUUUUUUAAGGUGCUCAAACUGUCAAGGAACAUGAGGCUUAAUGAUUCACAAGAUAAUAGAAACCUGGUCGGCUGUGGAAUGGACUUUGGUGAGUGGAUUCUGGCGCUGGGAGAUGGAAGGCUGCCAACAAAAUCUUUUAUGGCAAACACACCUUCAGAUUGGAUUGAGAUACCACAAAUACUCUUGAUAUAUGCUGGAAAAAAUCCAAUCGAGUCAAUCACAAAUGACAUAUAUGACGCAUUUGAGGAACAACACAUGAGCACAGAUUACCUAAGUGGAAGGACAAUCGUUACUCCUACUAAUGCAGUUGUGACUGAAGUGAAUGACUUCAUGUUGCAAAAAAUUCCUGGACAUUGUCGUUGCUACUACAGUUCAGACUCUAUGCAACUUGAUACAGAGGUACCUCAGCUAUUUGCUGAAACUUACCCAACAGAAUUUUUGAAUGCUCUUCAGUUCAAUGGUGUUCCAGAUCAUGAAAUAAGACUUAAGGUUCACACUCCAAUCAUGUUGCUGAGAAAUUUGAGCCCACCAAACGGCCUAUGCAACGGUACGAGGAUAUUGAUUACGAAAUUGGGGGAAAAUAUCAUUGUAGGAAACAUCAUGGGAGGAUCUUUUGACACAAAAGAGGUUGUUAUACCACGAAUAGUACUCAACGUAGAAGACAAACGUUGGCCCUUUAUACUGAAGAGGAGGCAAUUCCCAGUACGUUUAUGUUAUGGGAUGACAAUAAAUAAGAGCCAAGGCCAAAUGCUGGACAAGGUUGGAGUCUAUUUGCCUAAACCAGUAUUCAGUCAUGGACAGCUUUAUGUGGCAGCAUCAAGAGUAAGAUCUGCAGGUGGUUUGAGAUUCUUGAUUGAAAAUGAAGAGGACAUUCCAGCCAAUUACACAAGAAACAUUGUAUAUUCAGAAGCCUUCACAGAUAUUGCACCUGCUUAA